ACAAAUCUCAACAGUAAGAGGUCCAUUCAUCACCUCCUCAUUUUCUAUACCUUAAAGAGGGUUCAUUUAUCAUCAUCAUCUUAAACCAAACUAUUCUUUCCUAGUCUAACAAUGUCAUCCAGCUCAAUGUCCUCUGGUUCUUGGACUGUUAAGCAGAACAAGGAUUUUGAAAGAGCUUUAGCUAUCUACGACAAAGACACCCCUGACCGAUGGUACAAUGUUGCUAGGGCUGUGGAUGGAAAAACUCCUGAUGAAGUGAAAAGACACUAUGAAGUUCUUGUGGAGGAUGUGAAGCAUAUUGAACAGGGUCAGGUCCCAUACCCUAACUACAGGACCACCAGAUCAGGGAGGAAUGGCAACGAUGACAAGAGGAUGAAGAGUCCAAUGUACCAGUGAAUCGGAAGUCUAGUGUACUAAAUAAAGAAGCAUUCUGCAAUUCUACUAACUU